AAAUUGUAUUAGUAUUCUUGACUAACUAAUCACAAUAAAGGAGAAUUUUCUGACGAAGUUGACGAACCUUUAUAUGGAAAGAUUGAUAUCCGAGCUUACUCAAACGCAGCUCAGAUUGCACGUCGUCCACCAAAACGUCACGAAGUUAAAACUUACUGUAUGUGAAAAAGCAGAAGAUCGUUUAUUACGACGAGAUGAUGACGCAAAGUAAUUUUUUGAAAACCCAAUUGUUUCAUUGCUUUUUCACUUUGUAAUUUUUGUAAUUUUGUCCGCGAAGACUAUAAAAAAAGAUAUGUAAUGACAUUACUCGUUGCUUUAGGAAAUGUGUCUUGUUCCUGCGCUCUUGUUUCUGUCAUUGAAAAUGAGUCAGAGUGAGACAUCUCUCUGCUGUGCUCAGUCUAGAAACAGUCGGAAGCAGAGGGGCAUUGCGCUCAUGUCUCCCCGGCCUCUCAAGCUCCGUUUCGGAAGGAUUUACUCAUAUCUCUGACAACCCGCUGUCGCUGUGUCGCUGCACAGCAGGCAGGAUGUUUCGUUUGUGUUUCCAAGCGGCGGGCGUCCUCUGGUUUGUCUCGGGGUGCCUGGGUGGCGCAUCCCGGCUGUACACGGAGGACGACCCGUUGGUGAUCCUGGGCAGCAGCAGCCUGAAGCCCACCAUCAGUAACUCGUCCUCGGCCUGGUUGGUCCAGUUCUACUCCUCUUGGUGCGGACACUGUAUCCAUUACUCCAGCACAUGGAAGGUGCUGGCUCAGGACGUGAAAGAUUGGCAGGAGGCCAUCGGUGUUGCCGUGCUGGACUGCGCUCAGGAGGAGAACUUUGACGUCUGCAGAGACUACAACAUCCAAUUCUACCCGACCUUCAAAUACUUUCGGGCUCACAGUUCUCCAGGAGAAAAAGGAACAGCAUACCGAGGUGCAGACAGGGGGGUCCAGUCCAUCCGUCAGCUAAUGGUGAACAUCCUGCAGAAUCACACCAGACUGGAGUGGCCCCAACGCUGCCCUUCACUAGAGCCAUACAGCUCAGCUAAACUCCUCCCCCUCCUCGGUCAAAAGUCAGACCACUACACCGCCAUUUUUGUGGAGGAGCCGGAUUCGUACGUUGGGCGGGAGGUGAUCCUGGACCUGCUGCUUUACUCAGGUGUGCAAGUUAAAAGAGCUCUGAGCUCCGAUCUCCCCCUACUGGACGCCUUGAAAAUUACAUCUUUCCCCUCCAUCUACCUGCUGCAUCCCAACGGGACGCAUGGACACCUGUACAGCGAGAAGAAGCUCCGUUUCUUCUUCUCAUCCCUCCUGAGGACGCUGCCUGGAGUUCAGCGCCGCAGCAGUUCGGCCGUUGCCCAUGUGGGGGCGCCGUCGGGCAAACAGGACUCAGAACCCUGGAGGGAUUUUAACAGGUCCCAGGUGUACACGGCUGAUCUGGAGUCAGCACUUCACUACCUGCUGAGAGUGGAACUGGCCGCUCACAGCAUGCUGGAGGGAGAGAAGCUAAAGGUCUUCAAGGACUUUGUCACUUUGGUUUCCAAGCUGUAUCCAGGUGGAGGCUCAGUGGUGAAGCUGAUGGAGACGCUCUCCGAUUGGCUCCUCAGUCUGCCACUACAGCGAAUCCCCUACCAGGCCGUUCUGGACCUGGUGAACAACAAGAUGAGGAUUGCAGGCGUGUUUUUGGGGGAGGAGCUACGCUGGGUCGGCUGUCAGGGCAGCAGGCCGGGGCUCCGAGGUUACCCAUGUUCCCUCUGGACUCUGUUUCAUGUUCUGACCGUGCAGCAUGACGCCAUGCCCAACGCGCUGGACAACACAGGUCUGGAGGUCGAGGCCGCGCCGGUGCUCCAGGUCAUGCGUCAUUACAUCCGGACGUUCUUCGGCUGCCAGGAGUGCGGUCAGCACUUUGAGCAGGCAGUAGCCGCCGGCAUUCACGAGGUGAAGAGUCCAGGAGAGCAGAUCCUGUGGCUGUGGAACCAGCACAACCGGGUCAACGCGCGGCUGGCAGGCUCCUUGAGCGAUGACCCCCUGUUCCCCAAAGCUCAGUGGCCCAGCCCCUCCCUCUGCGCCUCCUGCCACGAAGAGCAAAAUGGCGUCCAUGUGUGGAACCUGGACAAUGUUCUUCACUUUCUCCGACACCAUUACAGUGCCUCCAACCUGUCCCCCAAAUACUCCCUGACCCCACCACGCGCCCCUGCUCCUUCUUUUGACCUCCUUCCCACCAGCAAGUCAAAGGUGGAAGACCGCGGAGGAGCAGCAGCAGGAGGAGGAGGAAUGAAAGCCGAGGAGCAGCCAGGGCCUCAACCAGCGCAGGCCAGCCCGAGGCCGGAGAUGAAGGACUUAGUAAUGGGGGAGGGGGAGGGCAGGGGGGUGUGGAUUCUGGGCAUGGGCUUCAACAGCGUGGACAUGAGUCUGUGCGUGGUGCUCUACGUCUCCUCCUGCCUCUUCCUCAUGCUCCUCUUCUUCUUCUUCAAGGUUCGCUCCAGGAGGUGGAAGCUCCGACAUUCCCGCCUCCACGUUUGACCGGGUCCAGACCAGUUAAAACUCGUUCCAGUGAGGCGUUUGCCUGACCCGUUAUCAGUGUCGCUAGCAGAGCCGCCAUGAAUGCUUGGCGUUCAAAAGCAGAGGAAUCUAAAUGGUUGUUAGCAAAAGUGAAAAAUCGGAUCCAAAUUAAACCUGGGCCAGACUCUGAAUCAGAGCCAGGACUUUUUGUAUGUUUAGAUUCAAACGGGUCGCUCUGAUCCAGCCUGUUUGUGAAGAAUUACAAGCUCUUUAAACCGGACUGCAUGUCCCAGAAUCCCUCUGGAGGGACGUGAAGGGGGCAGAGACUUGAACUGGAUCAAAGAGCCUGAUGUCACUUUGUGCCAAACCUGCUGACACACCUGUCGUCUCAUGCCCCGCCCCCUCUGCACAAAGACAGUGUUUGUGUUUACACCUGUGUGAGGAACCAUGUUUAUUUAGGAUAAUGGAACGGUUCGUUUUUGGACCAGAUUAAGAAACUCUGUUCCAGAAAGAGUAUUUUUAAUCCAGACCCAGAUUAAGAGAUGGGUUAGUUUGGAUUAAAAGUCAAAGUGAAGUCAUAGGUUAACUGAAUAAAGAUGAAUCCAUCCCAUCCUCUGUUAAGGAUUAUGGGGGAUUGGGCGCCUCCUGGUGGCCACUCCCUCCUCUUCGUUUCAGAAAAUAGAUGAAGUAAAUAUUUUUCUAUCAGGUACAGAUGCAGGAUUUAUUAGAGACAACAGCAGGAGUGAGUUCAAAACAUAAGGAAAAUAGGGUAAAAUAAUGUGAAAAAAUACUGCUAUUUUUUAUCUUUGAAAUUAAUUUAUUGAAUGAAAAUGCGACCAAGAUGUGCCGGUAGCUUUGAUAUUUAUUUUUUACCUUAGCUUUAGUUCUUCGUGGAUUUCCCUUUUGGGUAGUGUGUUUUACACUGUUUUAUUUUCCUUUUUUUAAUCACUUAAUAGGACUCUUCCUGUACUUUUGUGUUUCACUCAUACUGUGCUGUUCGGAGUGACGGUUUGAAACCUGUAAAUGUGUGUGAAUAAAUCCUGUUGCUGCAUCAC